AUGCCCAAACCCAUCGUGCUCCAUAUCGGCGAGCCGAUAAAAUACAAUCAAGAUUUUUACGAGAACGAGUUCUGCAAAAGGUUCCAAGUGGUGCAAAACGACUGCCCAGACCGCGCCACUUUCGUCCAAGCCCUGAAAGACGAGAAGUAUGGCAAUUUCUCGGCAAUCUACCGGCCUCAUUUCCAGACAGGCGGUGAGAUGGGCGACUGGGAUGACGAGCUGAUCUCGCUUCUGCCCCGGUCCGUUCGAAUAUUCGCUUCCGCGGGCGCGGGCUACAACUGGGCGGAUGUGGAAGCCCUUGGCCGCAGGAAGAUCUGGUAUGCCAAUGGCGCUGGCGCUAGUGACGAGGCUGUCUCAGACACGGCGUUGUACAUGGUUCUGUCGGUAUUUCGAAACUUCACUCGGGCACAGCUAGCAGCCCGAACGUGCGACCCUGAAAAGUUUACGGCCUGUCACAAGCUGUGUGCGACAAUAUCUGCGAACCCACGGGGUCAUGUCCUUGGGAUCGUUGGUUUGGGCAACAUCAGCAAGAAGUUGGCGUACAAGGCAAAGAUGGCACUUGGAAUGGAUAUUCACUAUUACGACGUUGUUCGCGCCCCUGAAAAUGUUGAGAAGGAGCUCGGAGCAACCUUUCACCCGAGCCUUCACAGUCUGCUGGGAGUUUCCGACUGUAUCAGUUUACACACGCCCUUGAACAAGCACACGCAGGAUCUCAUCAACACCGAAGCCUUCGCAGCCAUGAAACCAGGAGCGCGGCUGGUCAAUACGGCACGAGGGCAAGUUGUAAACGAGGAAGCAUUAGUCGAGGCGCUGAAUAGCGGAAAGAUUUCAGCGGCUGGCCUUGAUGUGCAUUAUCAUGAGCCUCAGGUUUCGAAAGAACUGGCUGCCAUGGAGAAUGUAACCCUCACUACUCAUAUUUCAGGCGGUGCAUUAAACACGAGGAUCAAUUUCGAGCUCAACGCAAUGAGGAACAUCUUAGCUGUUGUUGGGGAGGAUGGGGGCUUCAUUGGGGAGCCUUUCACACCUGUAAAUAAGAAGGCAUUCGAGGAAGCAUCUAGUUAG